UACAAUAGUUCUAUUUCCCUUUCGAUUUCAAACUGAGAACGUAGGGUGCCCUUGCCAUUGGGUUAUCAUUGCGUUCUCGUAUUUUGUUUUCAAAACAAAAGUCUGCAGUAUAGUUUGUUGUCAGAAUUUUAAAAGUGUUAGUGAAAAAUCGUUUUCUUCUUUUAGGAAUCAUCAAAAACUUUCGUUUUAAAAUAAUUUCAGUGAAUAAUAAGAAUAAUAAUAAUAAUAAUCAUGUGGUUCUUACGUUUUUUGUGCUUCGUUUUGAUUUUGCCUUUCGGAUUUGCAGAAAAUAAGAAACCCCAUAUAAUUGUAAUUGUGGCGGACGAUAUGGGUUUUAAUGAUGUAGGUUUUCAUGGAAGUAAUGAAAUUCCAACACCUAACAUUGACGCUUUGGCAUACAAUGGCGUUAUUCUGAACAGUCAUUAUACGCAAGCCCUAUGUACACCGUCCAGGUCUGCUUUUUUAACCGGAAAAUACCCCAUUCAUUUGGGCAUGCAACAUUUAGUAAUCCUUGAGCCCGAACCUUGGGGUUUACCAUUGAACGAAACUUUGUUACCUCAACAUCUGAAACGUAAUGGCUAUGCUACCCACGCAAUAGGAAAAUGGCAUUUAGGUUUUUUUAAAAAAGAAUAUACUCCGACAUAUAGAGGGUUCGAUACGCACUUUGGUUACUGGCAAGGUCUUCAGGAUUAUUAUCAGCAUACUGUGCAUGCCACGUAUGGGGAUGAAUACGGUUACGACAUGAGGAGAAAUAUGACGGUGGAUUGGAGUGCCCAAGGAAAAUAUUCGACCGAUUUAUUCACUUCCGAGGCCAUUAAAUUAAUUAAAGAGCAUGAUAGCAAUCAGCCUAUGUUCAUGUAUUUUGCACACUUAGCGCCCCAUUCUGGGAACGACGAUAAUCCUCUUCAAGCACCUGACGAAGAAAUUGCCAAAUUUGGCUACAUUGCUGACCCAGAACGUAGAAUAUAUGCUGCAAUGGUAUCUCUAUUAGACCAGAGCAUUGGAAAGGUUGUUACGGCUUUACGAGAAAAACACAUGCUUGAAAAUUCAAUCAUUCUUUUUAUGUCUGAUAAUGGGGCACAACCAGAAGGCAUUCACGCCAACCACGGCUCAAAUUAUCCUUUACGGGGGGUCAAAAAUUCACCAUGGGAAGGUGGAAAUCGAUGUGUGGCGGCAGUAUGGAGUCCCCUAAUUAAAAAACCCCAGAGGGUUAGUAAUAAGUUGAUGCACAUAUCCGACUGGCUUCCAACUUUCUAUUCAGCUGCCGGACUGAACAAAACAGAAUUAGGUGACAUCGAUGGAAUAGACAUGUGGCAGGCGAUAUCAGAAGACGCACCUGGUUCCCGAACGGAGAUGUUGUACAAUAUUGAUCCAGUCUAUAGCUAUGCAUCUAUACGCAAAGGAGAUUGGAAGUACAUAAACGGAAGUACAUCAAAGAAAAAUGACGGAUGGAAAGGAUCUUCCGGUAGAAGCGAACUUUACAAAUACGAUGAAAAAUCAGUUUUGUCUUCCAAAGUGGCGGUGGCUGUUGCAGGAAUGAUUACGUCCAAACAAAUCCAAGAAAAAUACAGCAAUGACCAACACAAAGUUAACGAAAGUGCUUCGACUUUCAAGUUCCUAGAUUCUAACGUAAUUAGUCAAAUAAGAAAAGAGGCUACAGUUAAUUGUGGUCAUCCAAACAUUGAAGAAAUGCAAGAUAAACAUAUCUGUGAUCCAUUUGUAUCUCCUUGUCUAUUCAAUUUGAAGGACGAUCCCUGCGAAAGAAUCAAUUUAGCAGCUGAUAAGCAAUCAACAAUGAUCAAUUUAGAAAUGCUUCUACAGCAAUAUAAACGAGGAGCUGUAGAUCCCAUCAAUGUACCUGCUGAUCCCCUCGCCAAUCCAAACCUGUACAAUAACACUUGGGUAAACUGGAAAGAUUAUGAAGUGACGAAAAAAAAAAUUUCAUACAAGGUCUUAUCUCCUUUGGCUAUUGGCCUCAUAUCGGCUGCAUGCGUUGCCUUCCUUAUUGUUAUUGUUACGUUGUUAGCAUUUACUACCAAAAAAGCUAAAUCAAUUAAUGGAUCUAUAUAUAAUGAAUAUGAACAAGGUAAUUGUGAAGAAAAUAUUGUCGAUGAUGACAUUAAAAUUAAAUGUAAUGACCAAGCGUUUGAACAUAAAGAAAAAUUGAAGACGGGCUCAUUCAAGGAGCCUUUAAAAAUAAUCGAAUGACGGAUUGUACGAAUACUAGUCUUUCUGUUGUAAUUACUAGUCCUAAAGUAAUAAUUCAUCGUUAAUUUAUAAAGUAAAUGUGCUGCCAAAUACGAAGAACCCAAAUAGAAACCGAAAUGGUAAAGGAUUUAAGUAUAAGCUUCUGUGAAGUAUUGCGAGAGGAAUACGAAUGCACAGUAUUACUACUGCUUUAUAAUAUGUGGAAACGAUGCUUCAGUGAGGAAAGAGAAUAUUUCGGUCAUUACAAAUAAUAAAUUUCGUCAUCGUCAUCAUUAUGUUAAUUAUCACGAUACAUUAAAAAAAAGAAUAGUAUUAUAAACGUAAUAAAUGCCGGUAGUAUUAUGUGACAAUUAUUUGUUAAAUUGAGUUUUGGAUGAAUAAACCACUAUUUAUUUUA